AAGCACCUUGGCCCAUCAGUGACGACGUAAGCGUGCGCCAACUUUUCCGGCCGUGAAAUUCCAACGCUGCCAUGGAAGCAUCCCCAGUGACAAUGGAGGGGAGCAUGGAGGGGAGCCCCCGGAGCGCAGUAGUCUUUGAGGAAGAGGACUUGGACAAGAUUACUUAUUUGCGAGGUCCAGCUGCGACAGCAGUUUCUGAGGCUUCUUCUUCAACGAAAUCGGAGAGGGAGAAAGUGGAGGAGUUUGCGAUUCGCCGCGCGAUCGAGAAACUUCGAGUCUUCUAUUCAGUGCUGCAGGUGGGCAUGAUUUGUUUGAUUGGUGGCGUUUUGUUGACUGCCUUGACGGAGAUCCUGUGGCGCCUAAUCCCAGGACCAGUAGCUGAAGGUGUCAUUAGUGGCCUCGCUGCAUUGGCAUGGCUCCUGACUUCGCUCACCGUCGUUUUCGUCUCACUGUGUCCACAAGAUGAGUUGGACAUCGAAAAAUUUGUGGCCGCCAGGCCUGGUCUAACUGCAAAGUUCGCCCUGCUGCCUUUGACCACAGGGGCGCUGAGAGUUUUGGAAUUUCCUUUCCCACGCUGGAUCUCGUUCGUUGUGGGUAUAGCCUGGCUGCUUCAGGGGUGCGCCAGCUGCUGCAACGGCCGGGCUUUAUGCAAAAGACUGCGUCGAUCCCUCGGCAGGCUGUCGCAAGUGGAAUCUCCAAUCCUCGUCAAUCAUUUUCAAUCUUUGUAUGUCUGGAUUCCAUUUGGUUCCGUUCAAUUCCCAGGUUCGUGAACUUGAUGGAGCUCUGGUUCCUGGACGUGAUUCUGGCAAGUACUGUCAAUGAAUGUGCGCUGGAUGAGCCUGGAAUUUGGACCUCUGUGUGGUUGAGCUUCCAUGCAGCUGUGGUUAUCAUCGUGGAUUUGUGGCUGUGGUGCAGGCACAAAAUGCGGAACACCACACGCUUCUACGCGGCAUGCUACUUGACUCUGAGCUGGAACAGUAGUUUCUUCGCAUGCCGUGCCAUCGAUCUUGGUCUAGGGCACAAGGAGUGGGAGGAAGGCCGACGAGAGGACAUUGCGAUAGUGGCAGCCAUUGGCUUUGCCAUUCUGAUUCUUUGUCCCAUACUCUUCGCUAUUUUGGUCGGGCAGCGCCGCUUGUUCCACAAAUUAGCCUCCUGGCUGGAUCACUCCCGUGGCCGCCGGCUGCAAGACGGAGCCUUCAUGGCUAUGCUGCUGGACUCUUAUGUGGUAGAGGUGGGGCAGCCGUGGUGGCUUACACAUCAGGAGAUCCAAGAAGCAGCAGCAGCACACCCGGAACAGGUCCAAGCCAAGGAAGACAUUGCAUCACAGAUCGCAGGACUCCCUGAUCACAAGCCACGUCCAGGUUUCGUGGCAGGCAUCGUUAUCGCUGCAUCUGAAGACCUACAGAGCUUUUCUGUGGAGUGCCAGCUGGACAAUCACACAGCACAAAUUGUCCAGGUUGAUCGUGGUCAGGAGGUUUUGCCUUGGCCUGUACUGCUCCAGAUGGGGCGAAAGGGUCUUCGAUGUGUGGAGUGGGCUGCGCUGAGUCUGCAAGUCAUGAGAACGAAUGGAACGAAUGCAACAGGUGAUGACUUUGCUCUGUCGCGACCUGUGGGCCGUGGUGAGAUCAUCGAUUUUUUUGUUUCCCACUCUUGGUCAGACAAUCCGGCUCAAAAGUGGAGCGCUUUGCAGCUUGCGGUGGAGACUUUCUAUGAGAAGCAUGGCAGGUAUCCGACUUUUUGGAUUGACAAAUUUUGUAUCAAUCAAAAUGAAAUCGCUGAUGGCUUGCGCGUUCUCCCAGUGAAUGUCAUGUCGUGUCGGAAGAUGUUAUGCCUCAGCGGGAACACCUAUCAUGCCCGGCUUUGGUGCGCUUGGGAAUUGUGCGUACUACUGUCCUUUAUGUCGAUGGAGAUGGCGCUGAAGCAGAUCAUUGUCCUUCCGCUUUGUGAGUCUGCGUUGAUGGCUCUGACAGCUUUUGACUGUUCAACGGCCCGCUGCUACAAUCCGAACGAAGAGUGUCGAUUGCGUCGAGUGAUUGAAGCAAUUGGACAGCACCGUUUUGAGAUCAAGAUUUGUGCUUUAGGGCAGAUGCUGCUUGACCGACACGUGAACGGUGAAGGCUUAUUGAUGGCUGGCAGCGGCAUCAGCUUUGCGACCAGCGAGCUUACAGCACAGGCUGCACAAGCAGCGCAACAGGAAGAGGAGAAGAACCUGGACCUGGAAGAUCCAAUGGUGGAGGAGAAGUUUUAAUGUCAACUGAGCUGUUGGAAACAAAAAUACUUACCACAGCCACAACUGGUUCUUGCAUAUUUCCUUCGCAUUGACAAAGUCAGCGAGUCAGUGUGCAUGCACAGUCGAGUUCACCUGUCACCAGAGGUGACAAAGAUUGAUACUGUAAAACUUGUUGCACAGGGAA